AUGCACUUCUCUUCUCUCUUCGUCGCCGCUUCGGCUUUCGUCACCGCUCUGGCAGCCCCUGUCGCCGAACCCGUCUCUGAGAACGGUCUCUCCUCGCUGGUCGAGCGCUCCACCCCUGCCGGUACUGGCCAGAACAACGGCUACUACUACAGCUUCUGGAAUGCAGGGGGAGGUACUGUAAACUACAAUAACAAGGGAGCCGGUGAAUACUCCGUUUCCUGGCAAAACUGCAACAACUUUGUCGCUGGCAAGGGCUGGGCAACUGGUUCCGCCCGCAACAUCAACUUCAAGGGUAGCUACUCCCCUCAGGGAAACUCCUACCUUUCCGUCUACGGCUGGACCACCAACUCCCUGGUCGAGUACUACAUUCUCGAGUCCUACGGCACCUACAACCCCGGCAGUGGUCUCCAGCACAUGGGCACCGUCACUUCUGAUGGCAGUGUCUACGACAUCUACAAGGGUGUUCGCACAAACCAGCCUUCUAUCCAGGGAACCGCCACUUUCAAUCAAUACUGGAGUAUCAGAAAGAACAAGCGCUCCUCUGGAACUGUCACCACCGCCAACCACUUCAACGCAUGGAGCAAGUUGGGCAUGAAGCUCGGCCAGCACAACUACCAGAUUGUCGCUACUGAGGGUUACCAGUCCUCAGGCUCUGCCGACAUCACUGUCUCCUAA